AUGGCCGAAUAUCAAUCAUCUCACUAUGACCAUAAUAUUCCAGACAUGAGCAAACCAUUCGACUUGAGAUGUCCCGACAACACAGAUCUCUGGCGUAUCCCUCCGUCCACAGAUCGUGGCAACACACCUCACAUCUACCGUACCAUGGCCGCCUCAGAUUUCAAGUCAGCAAAAGUCACAGUAUCGGGCCCAUGGACCAAACUCUACGACCAAGGCGGACUCUGCAUGAUCAUCGAUAUACCAGGCGCCAGACAGAACAAAUGGGUCAAGACAGGAAUUGAAUUGUUGAAUGGCAAGCCUCGUGUAAGUGUUGUUGGUACCGACACCUGGUCAGAUUGGAGUUUGCACCCGGUCGUCGCGGCUGACAAAGUGUCUGCCACCAUUGAAAUGGUUGUCGAGCAUGAUCAUCUGUGGGUUUACCUGCACGGCGAUGAUGGCGAGCGUCACCCAAUGAGAGAAAUUACGUGGUGGAAUGCCUUGCCAAAGGACGCAAAAUGUAAGGUUGGCGUCUCGGCGGCAAGACCGGCCAGCGAAGGAGGUGAAUUGGUUGUGCAUUAUGAGAAUUUAAUCAUCAGCGCAUAG